UUAAUUAUACGUUACAACCCCGACAAAACACGAUCUCGUGAGUGGCGGAUCCAUUUCUCUUCAUCGACACGACGAACAAGCAUCCCACACUCCGUCAGGCGCCGUCCACCGUUGUCAGCCCUGCGUGGUUGUUCUUUAUCCGAUAGCGUACUGUUGACCAGAGGAGCUAUUGUGUAACAUGGAAUGAGCUUCACAAUCUACUCUUCUUGAAGGUGAGAGAGUCAGAGAUAAUAUACAAAGCAAGCUUAUAGAAGAAGCAAUGUUUACACUGUUCUAUGGACUUUGGAAGUAUAUGUUCAGUAAGACAGAGUUUCAUGUUCUCAUUCUUGGGAUUGACAAGGCUGGCAAAACGACUUUACUGGAGAAGUUGAAAUCAUCAUACUCAAACUUAGAAGGACUUCCUCCUGAUCGAAUUGUUCCAACCGUUGGACUAAACAUUGGUCGGAUAGAAGUAUCAAAUACAAAACUUGUAUUCUGGGACCUGGGAGGCCAGCCUGGACUUCGAUCAAUAUGGGAGAAAUAUUAUGAAGAAGCCCACGCUGUGAUAUUUGUUAUAGAUGCUGCAUGUCCCUCGCGCUUUGAAGAUGCCAAGUCUGCACUUGAAAAGGUACUUCGGCAUGAGGAUUUACAAGGAGCACCUCUUUUAAUAUUAGCAAACAAGCAGGAUCUUCCGGAAGCAGUUUCGGCUGAAGAACUUGGUCGUUACCUGGAUCUAAAGAAGCUGGGUGAAAGAGUUUACAUGUUUGAAGCUGUGUCAGGCUAUGAUGGAAAGGGGAUAAAGGGGAGUGUAGAGUGGCUGGUGGAAGUGAUGGAGAGAAGUAAGAGGACUGAAAUGUUAAGAGUUCGGGCUGGUGCUAUGGGUUCAGGCCCUGCUUAGGAGGGAUCUUGAACUGAAAUUGAGCUGUUUAACCAUUCCUUUUCAUCUUUUUUAAAUCCAAAUUGGAAUGUAAAUGACUCAGUCGUUGGAGAAGAAAAAGGAAAGAAAAGGAAAAGAACAGCUUCUGACUGCAGAUCACCUUGAUCCUGAAAUUUCAUUCAAUUGUUGAAAUUGUAAUACAGUAGAAGCUUCACCAGGUGCUAGCAAAAUCAAUUUUAAGUCCUGGGAAUGGAGGACUUUCUGCUUCUCUAUAGUUCUACAUAGGACACGCUAUGUGAACUCCGCAGUCUUUGGUUGAUGUGAAACUUUUUUGUGUUUAGAUAAUCAAUCAAUUAUAAAUAUAUCUGAUAUGAUUUCUAUCGAAAAGUACCCUCUGACGUGAUUCUUCACACGCACACACUGCCCUAUUCUAUCAGCUGUAUGCAUGCCAGACCAGGCUAGUCCAUGACUUCAUGUAUCCAUUGACCUUGAAAAGGAUUUGAAAUUUACCAUUUUGGAUGACAA